AUGUCGUCGAAUCCGUGCAAGCACGGUGAUCGGGAGAAGGAUCAGAACAACAACUUCGUCAACUCGACUGCUCACGGCGGGGCGGGCAUCGAUCGAGAGGCACGUGCGAGAAGGGCCGCAGCUCGCGCGGGCUUCGCAACUCACGGUGGAGGCGUUGGCGAGGAUCACCAUCAUCAGCAGGUGUUACGCAGCGUUGGCGUCCGUAACCAGCAGACGUCGCUGGGCGGAGCUCCGACGACACAACGUGACGCCGGGACGGUCGGGGCGGGUGGAGUUGGUACCGGCGGGGGACCACAAGUGACCGCUAAAGUGAUGUGGGGCAGUGUCAGUGCCAUCAAGGAGCUACGCGACAAGGAGCAAAACGAACGGCAACUGGGCACACGAGCCGCAGGACGUCGUCAGUGA